AUGCCUCCCAAGAAGACCAAGGGUGCCAAGAGCGAGUCUGCCGAGGACAAGCCUGCCGAGGGCAAGUCACGAUUCUACGCUCCGACCAGCCACGGGAAAUGUGCCAUCUUCUUGAGCGACCUGUUUGGUCCUAUUCUGGCGUCGCAUGGUCGCAACGACAGUGGCAUAUCGAUCGGAGCUAGGAUCCGCGUAGAAACCAAUGACGGUUUCGACCCACACAUCGCCCUCGUCUUGAAGUUCCCAGACGGCACAGAUAACGAGGACAACGGUUCCGGUGUACGCUUCCACUACAAAAAGCAGGGGAACACAUACGAUCCUUCUUCGACUUUCGAGAUUGGCAUUCGAUUUAAUCGCCAGAAGUGGACUCAGAAGUUUGAGGAGGCUUCACCCGAACUGCUCAGCAAAUUCCCUUCGCUGCAAGAGGGCCCCGGCACGACAAUCAUCACAUUCUCAUGCGACGUGGAUGACAACGACAGAGUCUCGAUCGAAGGCUUGGGUAUGGCCUACAUCAACAAGUUGGAGCCCGUCCUUGAGAAGUUUGUGAACGAGAACGGUUCUAUUUAUGGAGUCACUCUAUCCGAGUUCAUUCGCCGCAAAACCUUUCAUGUUUUCAUGAUGAAAAAGGGUAAACCGAAUGACAUCCACAAGAACUUCGCCUUCGACAAUCUGCCGCCACCCUUCGACUACCCUUACGGUGAUGCCCACAACUUCGAUCCCGAACGUGGCGCAGAUUUUCUCGCCAAAAGCCCACGCAAGGCUGCAUACCACUCCGUCCACAGUUUCAAAGACGCCAACUCCAUGUUGACUGUCACAACGCAAUCUCUACUGCAGAACGAGUUGUAUGUGUGGCAGCAGGCUCAACUUGUCGCUGCUGUCAAGCUGCGCGCCUACUUCGUUCAAAAUCCUGAUCGCGAGAGUACCUACUUCGUCAUUCUUCCUCUUCCCAAGGAGUUCAUGGAUCAGUUUGGGCAUGCAUGGAAGAGACUCUUGGACGAACAAGUUUCUCUGCUUGUAUGGGAGAAUGAGGACGACGACAAGCCCUCUGGGUCUUGCUUCAAAUCGUACGCGAGCGGCAUUCAGGCCCUCGAGCCUCACCCUCGUGGCAAGUCCGAGGCUGUGCUUGCCGUGAGCUGCGUAGCCCUACACUUUUUUGGCAUCUUGGACGAUACCAAGCGCAAGAUCAUCGCCGUCGACAAGUGGAACAAGCCAAAUUCCGAAAGUAGUCAUCUCGCUCAACUCACAAUGCGUGGGCAAGGCUACGCGGAGUGGAUGAUGCAGCCUGGUCCUGCAGUUGUAGGCGAAGGUGUGACCGGUCUCACUGAGGCCGUGGCGUCCACCACAAUCAUCGGAAACCCCCCUUCUCUCCGUCGCCUGCCCAAGGUCUCAUUUUUGCCCAGAAAGAAUGACCGCUACGAGGAGGCUCUGACGAGCAUAAGCCUGGAGGAGGAUCGAAAACGGUGGCCCUCGUUUUGCCGCCAGGUUCUACUAGGAAUCGCUAUCAUUACAGGAUCUCGGUCCUAUUUUCUAUACGGCGCCUACUAA